AUGGCUCAACAACAACAUCUUAUUCGCUCCGUCGAGCCGCUGCAUAUCGGCCAAUUCUUGAUUGUACGCGUAGAAAUCGACCACGGAGUUGUGGGAUAUGGCGAGUGUGGCGUCUGGGGCCAUAUCGAAGCAGCCGCUACAGCAGUCCGUCACUUCGCGGGUUACCUGGUUAACAAGCCUGCAUUCGCUAUUGAGCACCACUGGAAUGUCAUGCACCGGUAUAGCUACUUCCAAGGAAUGGCCAUUAAUGGUGCUAUCUCGGGAAUUGAUAUCGCGCUCUGGGAUAUCAAGGGCAAGGUUCUGCAGGUCCCCAUCUACGAGCUGCUGGGCGGAUCCUGCCGCUCCAAGGCCAGAGUCUACGGCCAUAUAUAUGAAAAAGACAUCGAAGGCGUGCUGAAGGAGUGCAAACGGAAGAUGAAAUUAGGAUACACAGCCUUCGGACAUAUCAACCCGUUCUUGGACGAAGGGAACGACGUGUCGUAUUUCAAGACGCACGUGAAAAAGAUGGAAGACGCUGCCGAUAAUGUCCGUCGGAUGCGCGCAGUCGUAGGGGACAAGGUCGAUCUCCUGAUUGAGCUCCACCGUCGUCUGACUCCGGCCGAAGCGAUCACUUUCUGCGCCAUGAUCGAAGACUGCCGUCCAAUGUACGUGGAGGACCCCGUGCGGCCGGAGAACGUGGAUGCGAUGGCCCGCGUCGCAGAUAGAAUCCCUGUUCCCAUCGCUACCGGCGAGCGGUAUUCGACCAUCUAUGAGUUCCAGGCGGCGUUGUCCCGCAACGCGUUGGAGUACGUACGAGUUGAUGUCGCCUUGUGUGGGGGAAUUACAGGCGCGAAGAAAGUGGCCGCCAUGGCAGAGGCUCAUAAUGUCCAGGUUGUACCACAUAACCCUCUGUCGCCCAUUGGACUGGCCGCUUGUUUGCAGUUGGACGCCGCUAUCCCGAACUUUGCCAUCCAAGAGUAUUCAACCGGGUUUGAGAAUGGAAUCUUCAUGUCCACCACUGAGCACCUGGGCAGCAAUAUCGUGGACUGGGUGCCUCCCGUGGUCGAUGGGUUUGUAGAUAUCCCAACUGGUCCUGGCCUGGGAGUGAAUUUGGUGCCGGAUGCACAGAAUAUUCGGCCUCCAUUCACGCAGCCCAUUGCCAUGCGGCCUCAUCUAGAUGGGUUUGUGGUGGACCAAUAA